CAAAGGGAAAGAAAGGCAAGGCCGGGGCACCAGGCCGGAGGGGAAUGCAGGGCCUGCAGGGGCUUCCAGGACCCCGGGGCGUGGUGGGGAGACAGGGCCCCGAGGGCGUCGCUGGACCAGAUGGUCUUCCUGGCAGAGAUGGUCACACAGGACAGCAAGGGGAGCAGGGAGAUGAUGGAGACCCUGGCCCUAUGGGCCCUGCUGGGAAGAGAGGAAACCCAGGUGUGGCCGGCUUGCCUGGAGCACAGGGGCCCCCAGGAUUCCAGGGUGAAAGUGGGUUACCCGGGCAGCUGGGUCCCCCUGGCAAGCGAGGGACAGAGGGCGGAACGGGGCUUCCUGGGAACCAGGGAGAGCCUGGAUCCAAAGGCCAGACGGGCGACCCUGGCGAGAUGGGCUUUCCAGGAAUUGCUGGCCUCUUUGGACCCAAGGGCCCCCCUGGGGACAUCGGCUUCAAAGGCAUCCAGGGCCCUCGGGGACCUCCUGGCUUGAUGGGAAAGGAAGGGAUCAUUGGGCCCCUCGGAAUCCUGGGACCUUCUGGACUCCCGGGUCCGAAGGGUGACAAAGGCAGCCGAGGGGACUGGGGAUUGCAAGGUCCGAGGGGUCCUCCCGGCCCAAGAGGGCAACCCGGCCCACCGGGUCCUCCAGGGGGUCCUAUCCAGCUUCAACAAGAUGACCUUGGGGCAGCUUUCCAGAUGUGGAUGGACACUAAUGGAGCACUCAAACCACAGGGUUACAGCUAUCCGGACCGGCUGGUGCUGGACCAGGGAGGGGAGAUCUUUAAAACCUUACACUACCUCAGCAACCUCAUCCAGAGCAUUAAGACACCCCUGGGCACCAAAGAGAACCCUGCCCGGGUCUGCCGGGACCUCAUGGACUGUGAGCAGAAGAUGAUGGACGGUACCUACUGGGUGGAUCCAAACCUUGGCUGCUCGUCCGACACCAUCGAAGUCUCCUGCAACUUCACACAUGGUGGACAGACGUGUCUCAAGCCCAUCACGGCCUCCAAGGUUGAGUUUGCUGUCAGCCGGGUCCAGAUGAAUUUUCUGCACCUGCUCAGCUCUGAGGUGACGCAGCAUAUAACCAUCCACUGCCUGAACAUGACCGUGUGGCAGGAGGGCACCGGGAAGACCCCAGCCAAGCAGCCUGUGCGCUUCCGUGCCUGGAAUGGACAGAUCUUUGAAGCUGGGGGUCAGUUUAGGCCAGAAGUGUCCAUAGAUGGCUGCAAGGUCCAGGAUGGCCGAUGGCAUCAGACGCUCUUCACCUUCCGGACCCAGGACCCCCAGCAGCUGCCUAUCAUCAGCGUGGACAACCUCCCUCCUGCCUCAUCAGGGAAGCAAUACCGCCUCGAAGUUGGACCUGCAUGCUUCCUCUGACCUCUGGCCUCCUGGCUCCUCUAGGCCUCUUGGGGAAGGGAAGAGGAGGAGGCGAGGGGAGGGUACCGAGGGGCAGGUGGCUCUGCCUAGGGAUCCUUAGGCAGGCCCCAGCUGUUGUCUGCCCAGUACAAGUGGGUGGGGGUAGCAAGGGAUUGGGUGUCCUUGGGAGUGACUGAUCCCAGCUCAGCCCCAAAGACCAACCAAAGAGCCAGCCAGAGAAAGCUGGGCCUGCAACCUGCCUGAGCCCCGUGGCCUGUCUCCCAGCUCUGCGCCACCCCCUUCCCUCCCCAGCUUCCUGCCCAAAGAGCCCCAUGUUCAAGCCAACUUGAGGGAAGGGGGUAUCUCGUCAGCUGGUCCCUGCCAGGGAGCCUUUGAUGUGCAAUAUUAGAAAGGAGACAUGAAAAAAGGUGAAAAGGAAAGAAGCAUAUAUAUUAUUUAAACAAGCAAAAAGAAGGUGUGUUACUAUUUUUUCACCUGGAAAGAGGUGAGAGGGUGAGAAAGAGCAGCCAGGGGUGGGAAGAGGCGAGACCCUGGGGUGGGUGCCCAUAUUUGCUACCUCCCACUGUGAAAUCGCUGGUGCUCGCAUCCGUCUCUCGUAGAGUAUGUGAUUUUUUUUAAGAAAAAAAAAAAAACCUAUUUAAGAUUCUAAAGGUGCUACCAUUUUUGCCACAGACUUGGAAGAAACUUCUCGAUGUGGAGCAUUGGCCACAUCUUUCUCUCUCCUCCAAGUGACAAAGUUUGGGGAAUUUUUGAAUUUUCCUAGCAUCACUCUGGUGCUCGUCAGGUAAUCUGCUAAGGAGGAAAAAAGAAAAAAAAUAAAUAAAUAAAAACAACAACAACAAAAAAGCAAAGAAUAAAACAAAGAAAAAAAACUACCGGAAACCAGAAGUAGAGAGAUUUACCUUUUAACUUAAGGACUUUGAAAUGUCUAUUAUUUUCAGGCAGUGAAGAGGCCUGGGCAUGAAGCAUUUUGACUUGGGCUUUUGUGGUCCUGGAGGGAGGUUAGGGCUACCCUUGGAGGGCCUGACCUGGAGAGGUCCUGGGAGAAGCCUUGACCUUGAAGAAACCAAUUGCAAGAGGAGUGUUGGGUCAGGGCUGGCCUUGAAGGUGGACUAUACAUAUUAAACCAUCUCACCAAGCCAUAUAACUUCCUUUCAGGAGCCGAACCUUCCAGAUGCCAUCAUGGUUCUUGCUUUUUCAUUGUCCUUAAAUUCGAUAGAAACCCACUGUCAUGGCUCCAAGUGUACAUUUGGGCUGAGGAGAAGGAAUAAUUAUGGGAAUCUCGGAGUUCAGCACGAUAAUCUGAAUUGUACUAUAUCGUUCAGUGCCUGAAUUGGAUUUCGAGGUUAUUUUAACUAAGGAAUUAUUUUUAUAGAAGGGGAAAAAUUUAUGUGAACGUCUCUGUUUGUGUAUUUCUCGUCUCAAGUUGUGUCUCUUGGGGAAUUGGAUCUGACUUUCAUUAUUUAAUACCUCACUCUGGCCCACCCUCCCACCCCAGACUCUUCCUGUGUCCCCCGCCCUGCGUCCCCAGCCUGGACACUGCGCACCGAAGUGCAUUUGUGUAGCGUCUCGGGCCUCAUCUCAGCAAUCAGUUUCCCCACGCCGCCAGUCCCCACCCGGCCUCUGUCUCAUUCUCGGGUUUUUCUGCUGUCCUCGUUUACGUCUCUGUCCACGUGUCAGUGUGUUAAAACCCCAAUGGGUUCUGUUUCUCUUUUUCCCAUCUGGAUUUUAAAUAAAUAUUUAAAACUGAGGCAACAGAA